AUGGCUAAGAGAAGGACAAAUGAGUUUUUCACCGCGAUGUCUGGAUGCUUCGGCGUUCGCUUGGACGAACUUUGUGCUAGGGAUGGCCAAGGCGUGCCUCUUAUUAUGAUUCAACUCUGCGCUUUCUUACGCGCUGUUGGUGGUCUCUACACUGAAGGUGUGUUUAGAGUUAAUGGUAACUCCCGCGUGAUUGAAAAUCUUCGAAAUGCUGCUGACUCAUUCAUGUCAACGGGAGAUGGUGACCUGUUUCUGGCUCACCUCGAACGUCAUGGUGACAUCCAUUCUGUUGCUAGUCUUAUCAAGCUUUUUCUCCGAGAACUCCCGAUUGGACUUGUUCCCCCGUCUCAUACUAAGGAACUGCUUGGGAACUAUAAUAUUCACGCUGAGGAUUCGCUUGUGGUAAUUGAACGCGUCAUUCGGUCUCUCCCUCCCCCAAAUUUCCGCCUUCUUGAGUAUCUGUGCUACUUCCUUCGUCAGAUGAUGCAAUACCAAAAUCAAAACAAGAUGAACAGUACAUCCAUUGGCAUUGUAUUUGGCCCUAACGUCUUUCGUAUUCCUCGGGAAUCCGAGGGACUGACAAGUCAAAAUGUAGUAAACCACAUAAUGAGCGAGCUGGUUGAGCGAUCGGAUGUUCUGUUCGCAAGAAAGUCUCCACUAGAAGUUCCCUCGGGUCCGCUGGCGCGCAAGAAUCACAGCGGCGUGGGGCUGAAUCCUAAUGGGCUCGUGGAUUACGAAGCGGUGGCGGCAAGAGUCCCGAUGGAGGGCCACCGGCAGCCCUCCGCAAACUAUCGCCCUCGAGCGCAUCGCAGUCACGCCGACCGUUCUCCCUUUCUUGACACUGAGCCUGUCAGGGAUGCCGCCUCUGAAGUGGAGCUGUGGCGGCACGGGCGAGAGCAUCAAAUGAUAACGAGCCCAUCGGAUACGGAGAGCCAGUCGAUGAUGUUGAAUCUAGCCACCGACGUGGCCGAGCAGCUCUCUGCCACCCUGCAGGCCUGUCUGCGCAACUGUGUGCGCCAACACGCCUUACUGUUGAGCCAUCGCCGCAGCCAUCACCUGCCUAUCCACUCCUCUGCCACAGCCGGUCCUCAGCGGCUCGGCGAUCUCGCUGUCGGACCCACUGUCUCCCCCCUCUGCGCCGUGGACUCCAACACCUCGCGAAUUAACGGUGGUAGUAAUAGUGACGGUACCUACAUGCGCAAACCCCAGGAUUCUCCGCUGCCACCACAGUCGCAGCCGCAGGCGUUGAGUGGGUCCUUUCGGAAGGAGGUCAGCCAGGAGCGCACUGGCUCCGCAAGCUGUCUUCCGAUCGCUCGGUCUGGUGAUGGGGACACUGAUGAGGUCCAGCAUUUGCAAGACGUCGGAUUUAUUGUGUCCACAAAGCGUCCCAGUUCAUGGAGAACCUCGGAUUCGGGAUGGCGGCCUACGGACGAGGGGACGGCGGCGGCGACGGGGGAGCAGAGGAAGGAAGAGAGAAGGCAAUUUCGUGCCCGACUAGCUACCUACGAUCCAGCACCGGCGGGGUCAUCACAGCUCAGAACUCCCCUCCAUCUGCUGCAGGGGUCUCGACGGACGGAGUGCGUUGUAAAGGCCUACGAGGAGAUAGCGCAGAGGCUGGCGGAGAAACGUCGCGCCGCAAAUCGAUCUGAGCGACUGAUCGACAUGACUCUUCAGGAGCUGGAAACGGAGAAGUUGGUAAUUCAGCGCGCAUUGCUAGCCUUCGAGACAACAUACGGACGGCCUCGUGAACGCAACGACCGUGUGGUGAUGCGUCCGGUGUAUGACCGCUACCGCUGCGUAAAGCGACUGCUGGCGGGCGCCGCGAGCCACCACUGCAGCAGUCCCAACACGCCGGCACGCAUUUUCGCACCCCCCGACAUGCUGGACUCCGCUACCGGUGCCACCGACACAGCUGCUCCACUGGCUACGCCGCACUCUCUGUACUCUGAGCACGUCUCCUCGCUGGCGCUACUCGCAGAGCCACCACAUGCAAGCACAGGCGAUCCGGUGACCCUGGCACACCGAUGCCCCUCCAUUGACACCUCCGACUACCCCCAACUCCACAACUCCGCCGCCUCCAGCCGCUGUACUAGUCUCGUGACCUCAGCCAACUCGAAGGCGCCCGAUGAGUGGUUUGGCUCACUCGGUGUCUCAACGCGACCAUCUGGGCAGCGGGUGCGAUCGCCACGCCGCUACCCGGAGGUGGAGCUGGUGGACGAGAGAGAAUACAACACGGGUAUCGUGAUGCGACAAAGCAAAGAGGUGGUAAGAUUGGGAGGGAGAGCACAGGAGAGUGAGGAGGAGGGUGAGGAGCAGACGGUGGGCAGACGGACCCCCAUCAGUCGGAGCCCUUUGCUGUCUCCAUCAUCGUCACCGUCACCACCGGCCUAUCAGCACCCACGACGACGGCAGCAGCACCGCCAGCAUGCAGACGCUCCCACCUCAGCGGCUUUGACACAGGCGCAGUGGUCCAUCGUCGGUCAUGAGGGCGCUCACAGCCAACUGCUUUCACAGCCUCCUCGCCAGCUCACCCUCUUCCCCACCACCUUCUUCUCCCACCGACGCCACAGCCAACACCAGAUCAGGCUCCUGGUGGGAGACGAUCCCGAGUCGGGAAAGCCAUUAGACCAGGCUAUUGCCGACUGUGUCGCGAAGUACGCAACAUUCACCUUAUCUGAGCUGCAAAUAGAGCUUACUUCCGUCAAGGAUUCGAAAAAGACGCUGCAGAAAUUCCUCAAGGAAUUCGAACAUGAUUUUGAAAGGAAGCAUGGGCGAAAGGUGGAAAUGGAGGAUCGGCAGCCGUUGAAUCCUGAAUACUUGCACUACAAAAUGCUGAAAGCCCGACUUACUAGUCUAGAGCGACUCUUGGAGGCUCGAUCAACCAAAGUAACGAGUAGACGAGUCAAACGGGGACACGCCUCAUGCAGUGAUGAGUAUGAGAGAGCUAUGCCUGAUCAAGCAUUACCUUCCAUGCUUAACACUUCCAACUCGCACCUUUCUAGCGCCUUUGCUCUUGUAACAAUCAAAGACCGGCUUCCAGUUAUAUUGGUAAAGACAUUGGACGAUCUUGUGAAAUGUAAAAGCAAAUAUGGUAAUCCUGAAAACGAUCUUGAUGACAUAAAGUCGGUAAUAUCUGAAAUAUCCAAAUUGCGCUACGAACUCAUGACAAACAAACCCUUCGUUCCUCUUUUGCCCGAACCGGACGCCGCGGAUAUCGACGUCUACAACGAAGCAGUUCUCAAGUAUAAUAAGGCAGAUCUGUCGUGGUUUGGUGCCCCAUGGCUUUUUGUGGAAUGUUACAUGUACAGGCGACUGAUGAACAUCACAAUCAAUUGGUACUCUUCCUCUUUUAUUAAUGUUCAAGUUUACAGUGGCUUUCCUAAAUUGGAUUUAUUUCAUGAACGCAAGGCAAUGGGAUUUUUCAAGAGCGCAAAAUCUCUUGUUUCCAUGUGUGAAUGCUUGGAAGAGAGCCUGCUUUCACUUGAACCCGAGCGGCUCUACGAGGACUUAAAGUUCUACUUAAUGUGCUCCCUCUGGUCAAAUGAAUUCGAUCUCUCGCUGAAAGCCGACGAGACAGAGCUGGAGACGCACACAGACGCGAGUCAGUUGCGCCUCGACGUGCGCAUCAAAACCGCCACUCAGAUGGUGGUCGACGACCUGGAUGCCAUCACGAGUCGCUGGCCCCCACACCUUGCUGCCGCCUCCGUCGACCACCGGCGCACUGUCGUUCUAGUGAUGGACAACACCGCGCCUGAGAUGUUUGCGGAUUUGGUGCUGGGCGAAUUUCUGUUGGGUGCUGGUCUCGCGGAGCGAAUUGUCUUCAUGCCGAAAAUCAUGCCCUGGUUUGUCUCCGACGCCACCCAGUUCGACUUUGAUUGGCUCCUCAAGGAGGCCCUCCCGGCUUGUGGUGUUUCGCGAAAAUUGGCUGUUUGGGCUGGACGUUGGUCCCAACGCUUUCAUGAGGGCUCCUUUGCAGUGGAACUUCAUGCCUUUUGGACCCUCCCAUUUGGCUACAACGAGCUGCAAACAAGAUCGCCCGAUUUGUACUGCCGUCUCACUACGGACUGCAACGUUGUGAUAUUUAAGGGCGAUUUGAACUACCGUAAGCUGCUGGAGGACCGUUUGUGGGCGCCAGACUCUCAAGAGGACAAAACGACCGCAUUUCGGCGCUGUUUCCCCAACUCCCUCCCCCCGGAUGAUGGUGGUGGCAGGGGUUCGCAACCCCUCCUCGUGGCCCUCCGAGUUGCCAAGUCUGACGUUGCGGUGGGGCUGACGUCCCCGCGCCUUCAAGCGGUCCGGGCACUCGAUCCCCAGUGGUGGGUCAAGGGCCUCUUUGGUUUCGCUCAACUCCUCCACUGA